CUGUUCUCCUGGGCAAUGCCUUUGUUGGUGGGGUUACUAUACCAACUAGGCCUGGAGUGCCACCUGAGCACAGCCUGGUACAGCUGCUCCUUCAAUUCCACCAGAGCCCUGUUAUUGCUGUAAAUAUUCUGAAGACCAGCUGAUUCCUGCAAACAUGAAUAUCAUCCUCUCUCGAGACACCCAAGUGAAGAUAAUGGAGAAUAUAGUCACCAAUGCAGAGAAAUAUUUUGGGAAAUUCUGCAUUCUGAUGGCUGCUUACACACGCAAGACUGCAAAGCUUCGAGACAAGUCAGACCUGCUGGUCAAGCAGCUCAUUGACUAUGGAAACACAGAGAAUCCUGAGCUGCGGACCACUGUGAAAAACUUUGCUGAGGAACUGGCAAAGGUGCAGGAUUACAGGCAGGCAGAGGUGGAGAGACUGGAGGUGAAGGUUAUUGCACCUCUGAAGAUGUAUGGGGUGCUCAUCAAGCAAACUAGGGCCGAGAUUAAGAAAUUCAACAAGGCCCGAAACAAUGAAAUAAAGCAGCUAGAGAAGUUGGAGAAGAUCCGACAGAAGUCACCAUCCGACCAACAGAUGAUUUCACAGGCCGAGUCUCAAGUACAUAAAGCCUCUGUCGAUGCGAACCGAACUACACAACAGCUUGAAGAGACCAUGGAUGAGUUUCAGAAGCAAAAGCUAAAAGAUAUUCAGAAGAUCUUCUUGGACUUUGUCACCAUUGAGAUGACCUUCCAUGCAAAAGCCCUAGAGGUCUAUUCCAAUGCCUUCCAAACCCUUGAAAGCUAUGACGCAGAGAAAGAUCUGGAGGAUUUCAGAGCAAAAAUACACAUCGCUUCUGGAACCUUCCAUGAGGCGAGACCAGACACUAUGACAACAAGCCAAUCUACUGCCCUCCCAUGGUCCACACAGAGCAUCCGAAGCACUCUUCAGAAGCUGGAGCUAGUGGAGAGUGAUAAGGAAUCUGAAGGGGACCAGCUGCAAGAUUUUAGGGAUGCUGGAUACACCCAGAUUCAGUGGGUAACCAGCAGAACCACAUGAGACCAACUAUCUUGAUUAAUGAAGCUGUGCUGGAUUUAUUUAUCUACUCCCUGGUUAUGCUUUACAUUUUCAUGCAGGUUUCCUCUAGAUCAGAAGUGGACACUGAGUCCAACAGCAUCUGCAAGGUACUGCAAGCUCCCAUCAGCCCCAACCAUCACAGCCAAUGAUCAGGGAUGAUGUGAGCUGCAGUUUGGCAAUAUGCUUAAGUCACCAUGCUGAUUACCCAGAUCAGUACCUACCACUCCUUCUUCAAACUUGAGAUAUAAAAUAAAAUAGAACAUUAACUUUCAAUCUCUCAUUCAAUUUUUAAAUGGCUUGGGCAGAAGAUGGGAGCAUAGUGCAAUCCCACUUGCAAAGUUUCCUGUUCAUUCAGGACUAGAAGCUUACGAUUAUCACAAACCCACACAUCAUUUGUACAUCAGAUGUACAUAGAUAGCUCAGCAGACAAGUACAUUUGCAGUUCAGGUGUCGUUAUCAGGAGUGGCCACCCCAUACUGCAUUGCCCCUGCCUGAAGAGGUACAGCCCAUUUCUUCUUUGAAUUUUUUCCACCUCAAAUCACUGGGCUAUUUCAAAGCAAAUAAUUAGGUUUAAAUGCUCUCCUCCACAAGUUUAUCUUCCAUAUGAUAGUGACCAUCACAACAUCCUGCAACAGUGAAUUCCAUAGUUUAAUUGGUAGCUGUGUGCUUUCCAUUUCCAAUCAGUUUCCCUGACCUUGCCUUUCCCAAUUUCUAGUGUUUUGAAAAAAAUUAAUGAUAUAAUUUAUCCUUUUUCGCUCUCCCUGUGGUCUGUAAUUCACACUUGAUGACAUACUUUAUCUGAGCAAAAUAAAAUGUGCCACAUUGGA